CUAGAAACUCAAAACCAUCGCAACUUCGCACUCCUGGUGUGUUCCUCGAAUUGUAAGACUUGUCCGCAGGAGCCCAUCCAUCGCCACAAGCCUGCUUUCUCGCAGAUCUCAUUUCCGAGGCCGAACCCCGACUCCUUUCCAACUGUUGGGACGGAUCCUCCACUCUCUUUCAAGGCAAGAGAGUCUUGGAAGUUUCUAGAAGAGGUGCAACCAGAGGAUAUACUUUUCAUCCUUGGAAUAGGAGAGUGGCAGCGUGAUUUAAAACAUGGCGAUCCGGGUGGUUAAUCCGAAUGCGGAAAUGCUGAGUAAAUCAGCUGCCCUGCACAUGAACAUAAGUGCAGCGAAGGGGCUGCAGGAUGUUCUCAAAACGAAUCUGGGUCCGAAGGGCACGAUCAAGAUGCUCGUGGGUGGGUCAGGAGACAUCAAACUCACCAAGGACGGAAACACCUUGCUGAAGGAGAUGCAAAUCCAAAACCCUACGGCCAUCAUGAUUGCUCGCACAGCGGUUGCGCAAGACGACAUUAGUGGAGAUGGAACGACGUCUACGGUGCUCGUCAUUGGGGAGCUCAUGAAGCAGGCAGAACGGUUUAUUGCAGAAGGGAUGCAUCCCCGUGUGCUUGUGGAUGGAUUUGAAAUUGCCAAGAAAGCUACUCUUGAGUUUCUGGAGACCUUCAAGACCCCGGUUGCGGUUGGAGACCAACUCGAUAAGGAGCUCCUUAAAGUGGUUGCUCGGACGUCGCUCAGGACGAAGGUGCACGAGGAGCUCGCCGAUAAGCUCACCGAGAUUGUCGUCAAUGCUGUGCUCUGUGUGCAGAAACCAGAAGAGGCCAUUGAUUUAUUCAUGGUGGAGAUCAUGCACAUGAGGCACAAGUUUGAUACUGACACUCGUCUAGUGGAAGGUCUUGUCCUGGAUCACGGCGCCCGUCAUCCGGACAUGAAGAAGCGCGUGGAGAAUUGCUAUAUUCUCACCUGCAACGUGUCCCUAGAGUAUGAGAAGAGUGAAGUGAAUGCUGGGUUCUUUUACCACAACGCCGAGCAGCGAGAGAAGAUGGUGGCAGCAGAGCGUCGUUCCGUGGACCAAAAGGUGCAGAAGAUCAUCAAUCUGAAGAAGAAGGUGUGUGAUGGCACAGACAAGAACUUUGUCGUCAUCAAUCAGAAGGGAAUCGAUCCUGUGUCACUGGAUUUAUUGGCACGAGAGGGUAUUGUGGCCCUGAGGAGGGCGAAGCGUAGGAACAUGGAGCGGCUCGUACUGACAUGUGGUGGAGAGGCUAUAGAAUCCGUGGAGGAUUUGACUCCGGAUGUCCUUGGUGAAGCUGGCGUUGUCUACGAGCAUGUUCUCGGAGAGGAGAAGUACACCUUCGUGGAGAAGGUGAAGAAUCCUCAUUCCUGCACUAUCCUUAUAACAGGACCUAACGAUUACACCAUCGCACAGAUCAAAGAUGCCAUCCGGGACGGUCUGAGAUCUGUCAAGAAUACCAUUGAGGACCAGUCUGUGAUUCUGGGAGCUGGAGCGUUCGAGGUUGCCGCUCGGCAGCAUUUGAUGAACAACGUUCGGAAGACGGUGCAAGGAAGAGCGCAGUUGGGAGUCCAGGCAUUUGCCGACGCUCUUUUAGUUAUUCCCAAGACUCUAGCUGACAACUCUGGGCUCGAUACCCUGGAUGUUUUGAUUAAUCUUGAGUCGGAACACGAUGCUGGCAACGUAGUUGGUUUGGAUCUGACCACGGGUGAUCCAAUCGACCCCAAUGUGCAAGGAAUUUUUGAUAAUUAUUCCGUGAAGCGGCAAAUUAUCACGUCAGCUCCAGUGAUUGCUGCCCAGCUACUACUUGUGGAUGAAGUUAUUCGGGCCGGUCGUAAUAUGCGGAAGCAAUAGCUUACUAGCUAAAUGUAAUGGUUAGUCCUUGUCAUGCAGCUAUGUAAACCGUGGGUUGGCUUUCCCACAAGCGGUGCAAAAACCUGGGUGCGGAUGAUAGCUCGAGUAUUUUACAGCGAAAAUGGGGUGCUGCAGUCACUGUGUUCUGGAUUGGAAACAGAUUUUGACUUGCUUUGUUAGGGACCCUUGUCGAUCAAAUUUUUGAGUAUACACUCUGUUAACAUGUGUUCAUUUCGAGAAAUGAUACUCUGUACCUAGGAUUUGUCCCAUCCUUGCUUUUUUUCCUUAUGAAUCAAUAUCUGACUGCAUUGCAGUUUUUUUUUCCAAA